AUGGCUAUAAUUAUUUAAAAAAAUAGUAAUUCAUUUAGAGCCAUCAAUUUUUAUUAUCAUAAUAAUUAUAAAUAUCUUAUCUAAACUUCACAAUAGCCAUGGAAUUUACAAUUUAUUACUUAAGGUAAAACUUAAAUCCAUAAAGGAUUAAUUUUUUUUUCAAUAAAUCAAUUUUUAUAAUUAAUAAAUUGCAGAAAUCAAAAGUGUUAUUUAAAAAAUUAUUAAUUUUCAAUAGUAUCUAUCUCUUUAUUUUUAUCUAAAAUAAGUAGGGCUUAUAAUAUUUACUAAUAAAGAUUUUCACAACUGAAUUAUUUACUAUCCUACUAAUUAUAACACCCAAAAUGGUUAAUGCUAGCACUGAAUAGCAAAAAGCUAUUGAGAAGAUUAUCAAGGAAAAAAAUCCUUAUGCAGAUAAAGAUCAUAUUUUAUUGA